UGCCACCGCCUGGUAGCUCCUCCCUUGCAGUGACCCUUGAAGGCUGGGAGCCGAGUGGGUCUGGGCAGGCGAGGACUCAGAUAGGGAGAGCGCCGGACUUGGAUCACAGUAGCCUUUGCGAGACACGGUGCAGCCAAGACAGAGCCACCAUGGGGACGACAGCCCCAGGGCCCAUUCACCUCCUAGAGCUGUGUGACCAGAAGCUCUUGGAGUUUGUCUGCAAUGUGGACAAUAAGGAUUUGGUGUGGCUUGAGGAGAUCCAGGAGGAGGCCGAACGCAUGUUCACCAGAGAAUUCAGCAAAGAGCCAGAGCUGAUGCCCAAAACGCCUUCUCAGAAGAACCGACGAAAGAAGAGACGGGUUUCUUAUGUUCAGGAUGAAAACAGAGACCCCAUCAGGAAAAGGUUAUCCCGCAGAAAGACUCGGAGCAGCCAGCUGAGCUCCCGGCAGCUCCGGAGCAAGGACAAGGUGGAGAAGCUGGCCACGGUGGUGUCAGAAAACGACUCUGUCCUGCGGCGAGUGACCCGUGCUGCAACAGCAGCUGCAGCAGCCGCCGUAGCAUUGGUCCCUCCUUCACCCACCCCUGAGUCUCCCAUGGUGCUGACACAGAAGGCUGAGAACAGCUCCACCCAGAGCCAUCUGGUACCUGUGGUAGAAAUAGGCAGCAGCGAGCGUAAGAGCGCCGAGGACCACCUCGCCCAGCUCAGGUCUUCCAAGGCCUUGUCGCAGGCUCCAACCCCAGCAUUGACCUCCCAGGGCCUUCUGACAUCAGAUGCAGAGUUCACACCUAAGAAGCCAGAGACUGGCAGGCUGGAGUCUGUCACUGUGAGCUCCUUACUGUCUACACCCCAGGACCCCAAGAGUCGAGGGGUUGGAACUGGAAGGUCCGCCUCCAAGCUCAGGAUUGCACGGGCCUCCCCAGGCCCACAGGACUCUCCUGGCUCUCCAGGCUCUCCAUGGCAGGAGCGGGUGCUGGCUCCCAUCUUGCCAGAUAACUUCUCCACACCCAUGGGCUCCCGCAUGGACACUCGGUCUGUGCGACGCAGCUUGAUUCCACCAUCCUCCUCGGAUACUCAAGACUCGCUAGCCCAAAAGUACUCCCUGGUGGCCAAGCAGGAAACCACCAUCCGCAGAUCAAGCAGAAGGAUCGCGAAGAAGGCUGCUGAAGAGCCAGCUGCCUCUGGCCGCAUCAUCUGUCACAGUUACUUGGAGAGGCUUCUGAAUGUCGAGGUGCCCCAGAAAGUCAGCCCUGAGCAGAAGGAGCCUAGCAAAGAAGCUGAGCCUGUGGUGGCAGCUGAGCCUGAGGUCCCCAAGAAUGACAGGAGUACUUUGUGGCCUCACAGUGCCACCAGCGUUGCCAUUAGUACACCUGACUCGAAGCCUGUAGCUGGUGGCCAGGAAACACCCUCUGAAGGGCAGCAAGAGGCCAAGGCUGACCAAGCAGACGGGGCCAAGGAGCCACCCCAGAGUGUCAGGAGGAAGCGCAGCUACAAACAAGCGGUGAACGAGCUGGACGAAGAGCAGCACUCAGAGGAUGACGAGCUACAACCUCCCAGGAACAAGACCCCUUCACCGCCCUGUCCAGCCAACAAGGUGGUACGGCCCCUCAGGACCUUCCUGCACACCGUUCAGAAGAACCAGAUGCUCAUGACCCCGGCCUCGGCCUCCCGCAGUGGUGUCAUGAGGUCCUUCAUUAAGCGCAACACUCCCUUGCGUGUGGACCCUAAGUGCAGCUUCGUCGAGAAGGAGCGGCAGCGCCUGGAGAACUUGCGGCGGAAGGAGGAGGCAGAGCAGCUGCGCAGGCAGAAGGUGGAGGAAGACAAGCGGAGGCGGCUGGAGGAAGUGAAGCUGAAGCGUGAAGAGCGCCUCCGCAAGGUGCUGCAGGCCCGUGAGCGGGUGGAGCAGAUGAAGGAAGAGAAGAAGAAGCAGAUUGAGCAGAAGUUUGCUCAGAUUGAUGAGAAGACCGAGAAGGCCAAGGAGGAGCGGCUGGCAGAGGAGAAAGCCAAGAAAAAAGCAGCAGCCAAAAAGACUGAGGAGGUGGAGGCACGGAGGAAGCAGGAGGAGGAAGCUCGCAGGCUCAGGUGGCUACAACAGGUACGGAUGAGGAGGAAGAGCCGAGAGCUGCUGCAGAAGAAGAAAGAGGAGGAGCAGGAGCGGCUGCGGAAGGCGGCCGAGGCCAAGCGGUUGGCAGAGCAGCGAGAACGGGAACAGCAGCUGGCAGAGCAACGCGAGCAGGAGCGGCAACUGGCGGAGCAGGAGCGCAAGCGGGAGCUGGAGCGGCUCCAGCAGGAGCGGCAACUGGCGGAGCAGGAGCGCAAGCGGGAGCUGGAGCGGCUCCAGGCCGAGAGGGAGCUGCAGGAGAAGGAGAGGGAGAAAGCCCUACGGCUGCAGAAGGAGCGGCUGCAGAGGGAAUUGGAGGAGAAGAAGAAGGAAGAGCAGCAACGGCAGGCUGAGCGGCGGUUGCAGGAGGAGCAGGAGAAGAAAGCCAAGGAGGCAGCAGGGACCAGCAAAGAUCUCAACGUGACUGUGGACGUGCAGUCUCCUGCUUGUACUUCCUAUCAAAUGACUCCACAAGGGCACAGGCACCCACCUAAGAUCAACCCAGACAACUAUGGGAUGGAUCUGAAUAGCGAUGACUCCACUGAUGAUGAAGCCCAUCCUCGGAAGCCCAUCCCUACCUGGGCCAGAGGCACGCAGCUCAGCCAGGCCAUCAUCCACCAGUACUACCAUCCCCCGAAUCUUCUGGAACUCUUUGGAACCAUUCUCCCACUGGACUUGGAGGACAUCUUCAAGAAGAGCAAGCCCCGUUACCAUAAGCGCACCAGCUCUGCAGUCUGGAACUCACCACCCCUGCAUGGCCCCAGGGUCCCAAGCAGCCUGGCCUACAGCCUAAAGAAGCACUAAGGCAGGCCAUGACUUCUCAGCAUUCUCGGCUCCUGUGUCUGUCUGUCUUUUUCUGUGUUGGUCUGGUGUCCUCUCCCCCAGUCUGCCAUUGCUGAGGACUUGGUCAGGGGUACAUGAAUGUCUUCUCUGUGCUGGAUAUUUCUGCUGCAGGUGGAAGGUGACUGCAGGCCUGUUUGGAGGAUGGGCUUGGUGGGUGGGUGGUUGGGGAAGAACUAGGCUCAGCCCUACCUGUUCCACAGACAGCACUGUGUAAAUAGCUUGUUAUAAUUCAGUUGAAUUUUAGCUUCUAGUGUUUGAAAGCUAGAUUAAUAAAGUAUAUUCUCUUAAACCUGCUGUGGAUGUAAAGACGGGGAGUACCUCAGCAUUAAUGCCUUGGACCCUAGUCCUGCAGCUAUGUGUCUUGGGCUACUGGAUGGCCCUGUUCGUUCACUUGGAGUGCAUCAUCAGAUCACCUGCUGGGGAGCUCCACUCCCAGAGGUUCUGAUACAGUGGGUGAUUCUGAUAUCUGGACACCCCUGAGAAAUACUUCAGUUACUUUCAUGAUGGGGCAGAUGAAGAUACUUCCUGUGUUUCUGGGGUGCUACCUGUAUGUAGAAGGCAAAUUAUUCACUGAGAAAUUCCUGGGUCUUGACGUAGCUUUGCCACUUAAUCCCUCAGCCUCUCCACUCCUCAGGCCCCACCUUAUUAUAUGGGGGUGGGGAUGAAUGGACUUGAGAAAGUCUAUGUGCUGCUGAAACAUGAGAUCUGAUGAGAAAAAGGAUGUCUCUUGGAAACCACCUUGGGAAUCAACCUUUAGAGAAAAAGUGCUGACCCUUGCUUUAGGACAAAAUAAAGGCUAAAUACAGGACUGCUUUUAAAAAAUAAGGAAAAGGUGAACAUACAAUAGAGUGAAGUCUAGAAGAUUCCAUUCAUGCAAAGAAAAAUAUCCUAUGGUUCAUUCCUAUAUUAUACAUAGCUGUUGUGUUGAGUAAACUGGCAAGUGUGUCUUUGUCUAAAACCACAAUAUUAAAAGAUCGUUUCCUGUAAGCAUAUUUAUAUAGUGUGUUUAAGAAAAGUUGUUAUUCAGCAGAAAGGUAAUUCUGGUUGCUUUGGAUCUUCACCAGCACCUGAUAAUGCAGUAUUUCUUAUUUUAGCCAUGCUAAUAGGAGUUUAGUGAUAUCUUUAAUUUUGCAUUUCUCUAAUGGCAAAUGAUGGUAAACAUUUUUUUUUUUUCCAUCUGUGUGUCUUCUUUGGUGAAGUGUCUGUUCAAACCCUCUGUUUAUUUUUAAAUUGGGUUGUUUUUUUACUGUUGAGUUUAAGAAUCUAUAUAUUAUGGGUACAAAUCUGUUCAGAUAAAUGCUUCGCAGUAUUUUUUCCUGUUCUACAGGUUGUCUUUUCAUUCACUUACUGAUGUCUUUUACAGAGCAAAAAUUUUAAUUUUCUGAAGUCUGAUUUUUUUUUUUCUUUUAUGGAUUGUUCUUUUUUGGUAUCAUGUCUAAGCUCCAGUCCUAAAGAUUUUCUCCUAUGCUUUUGUCUAAAUGUUUUAUUUUACAUGUUAUAUUUAGAUU